ACUGUCAUCUAUAUGAUCAUCGCAGUUCUGGCGGCAACAGCUCUGGUGAAAGGGUUAACUGAAUGCAAUUUUUCACAUUCUCACGGAACUCGUCAGUGUUUUGGAGCACUAGGACAGCCGCUGAUUUUUCAUCUGUCAGAUAAAACAAAUACUUUAAUUAGACUGACAAAGGAUGGCAAAUACAUGAUUCUAAAAAGAGAGAAAACUGGGAACGUGAUACUGGAUGACAAAUUUGUAGAUCCGUCUGAACUCACCCAUAAUGGAAAAUUCAAACUACUUAACGCCAUGAAGAUACACUCUGGAGAUUACGAGCUCGAAGAACACAGUUCUGAUGGCACUUUAAUAAGACAAGUCAUCGUGCACCUAGAAAUACAAGGUCCAGUGUCAAAGCCAGUUGUGUCUCAGACAUGUUUGUCAGAAAAACAGAUGCAGGUCAGCUGUUCCACCGAGGGAGAUAACGUGGAGUUCCUUAUGACUUUGGAUGGUUAUGUAUUGAUCCAAACCAGUGACUACAACCAGUCCCUGAGCAGCUGGACAGCUGAAAAACUCUGUGUUGACAUCAAAUUAUAUGGGCAGCUGACUGGAAAUGUGACGUGUCGAGUUUGGAACAAAGUCAGCAGAGAUGAAACAGUUCAUCCCCUCUCAGCCUGUGGAGGUGCAGCAGGUUUUGUUCCAACUCUUCCAGUUGUGACUGCUGCUGUAAUUGCAAGUGCUGCCACGGCAUUCUCUUUUUUGGCUUUGAGUCUUGUUAUAGUUUUUUGGAAAAAAAGACGACAAAUCCCCACAAGCCCUACAAGUGUUGAUGAAGAUAACCGUGAAUCUGAAGUCAUCUACACAGACGUUAAAGUGAAAAAAAAACCAAGACAAACCCGAUCUGAGGAACAUCAGAAUGCAACAUGAUUUUUUCUCCACAGCUUUACUGGCAUGCAUCACUUGUUUAACCCUUAAUGGUAACCUCAUAUUAUAAUCAUGGAUCACUGACUUAUAAACACAGU